AUGGCCGACAUGGCUGCCGUCGGCGACGAGAAACUCUCCCCCGGUCACGAUGACCUCCAACAGGCCGGCAACGGCGCUGACGCCCGCGGCACCAAGCGCAACCGCAUGAGUGCCGAGGACGACGAUGAUGAUGACGACAAGCCUGGCCGUGAGCGCCGCAAGAUUGAGAUCAAGUUCAUCCAGGAUAAGUCGCGUCGCCACAUUACUUUCUCCAAGCGGAAGGCCGGUAUCAUGAAGAAGGCUUACGAGCUGUCCGUCCUCACUGGCACCCAGGUGCUCCUGCUCGUCGUCUCUGAGACGGGUCUCGUCUAUACCUUCACCACCCCCAAGCUGCAGCCGCUAGUAACCAAGGCCGAGGGUAAGAACCUCAUUCAGGCCUGCUUGAACGCGCCCGACCCCACCACCAACGAAAAUGGUGUCGAUGCUCCCGAUGUCCCAGCCGAGGCUCCCGAGGAUGUCGGCCACAACAACGUUAACGCGCCGCAGGCCAACAUGCCCCGUCCGGGAAUGCACCCCGGCUACAUGACCAACGAGCAGCAGCAGCAGAUGGCCUACUAUCAGAACCUCCAGCAGCAGCAGCAGGCAGGUGGCCAGUAUCCCGGCAUGCCGGUCGGCAACCGCAUGCCCCCGCAGCACCAACCCACGGCGUAA